UAAUGAUCAGAGAACACCUGAGGGAUUUUUUUAAACUUUUUUUUUUGUGUGUUGUUCACUCUGAGAUGAUAAGGACACACAAACAGAAAGUUGGAGAAGAGCAGAUGGAAUGAGUUCACAUGCUGUGUGUAUGGUGGUGAAUAUAACUGGGGUUGGUGGUGUGAAUGAUCAGGUCCUGAGACGUUGGAACUUUCUCAUGAGAGAAAUCUAGAAACGAGUGGAAGAAACGAGUGGAAGGCCAGGGACAAGCAUGGAGGCCAAGCUGAAGGAGCUCCAGCAAAAACUGGAGAAACAGUGUCAAAUUAACCAGGAGCUUCAGAAUGAAAACCGCACCCUGGAAAAAAGACUGAAGGAGAAGGAGAAACUCCUAGAGGAUCUGCAGAGUCAUUUGGAAGAAGCAGAUCGAUUGUCCCAGAGGAGCAGCAGCGAUGGCCUGGAGGUCCGGCAGAGCCGGGCGGCGGUCAUGGCUCCAGAGCCUAUUCCGGAAGACAUGGAUAUCUCGAGCACCAGGGUCAAAAAGACCACCAGUGAAAGAGCCCAGAUCAUGAAGGCGAUGCAGAAGAAUGACUUCCUGAUACGUCUAGAUGAAGAGCAAAUAAGCAUGAUGGUGGAGCUCCUCAGCUCUUUGGACCGUUGUCCUGGUGAUAACAUCAUUACUGAGGGCACAGAGGGUGACAGCUUGUAUAUUGUUGCAGCUGGAGAGCUCCGAGUUACUCAGGCAGGGCGUACUCUGCGAACUUUGACCUCCGGAGAUGUCUUCGGCGAGCUGGCCAUCUUGUACAACUGCAAACGGACCGCUUCGGUUAAAGCGGUCACAGCGGUGAAGUUAUGGUGCAUCGAGAGACAAAUAUACAGGAGCAUCAUGGCAAUCAAGUCGAAGAAGAAACGAGAGCAGCUGAUGGGCUUCCUAAAGACAGCUCACACCUUCAAGUCCCUGAGUGAUGAGCAGCUCUCCAGCAUCAUUGACUCCAUGGAGGAGGUGAAGUUUCAGGAGAACGAGGUGAUCGUACGCGAAGGGGCCGAGGGAAACACGUUUUACAUCAUCCUCCAGGGAGAGGUCCAGGUGACCAAGAAAGUGAACGGGCAGCAAAAGGUCAUCCGCAAAAUGGGCCAAGGGGAUUACUUUGGAGAACUGGCGCUUAUACGUGAGAUCUUAAGGACGGCUACCUGCACUGCUUUGGUACCAGUCACCUGCUUUGCCAUCGAUAAGGAGGCUUUUGAGGAGACCAUCCCAAUAGAAAUCCUGGAGCUACAUGAUGAUCCAGAUCUUCUGGAGAACACACAGACAUCAAAGAAAGAGAGCUCGGUCUCAUCUCUCCAGCUGAAGGAUCUGGUCCCGGUCCUGUACCAGGAGGGACGUUACCAAGGAAACCCCAUCACUCUGGGGCUCGGGGGGUUUGGACGAGUGGAACUGGUAACCACGCUGCAUCAUGGGAAAUACUUUGCCCUGAAAAGGAUCAGCAAAAAGCUCAUUGUGCAGAAGAGGCAGGAGGAACAUGUGCUGUUCGAGAAGAAGCUCCUGAUGGACAUCGAGUGCGACUUCAUCGUCAAGCUAUAUGCCACUUUUAAAGACUCCCGCUACAUCUACAUGGCCAUGGACUUCUGCUCAGGAGGCGAGAUCUGGACCAAGCUCAAAGAAGCGAAGCGUUUCGAGGAGAACAUCACCGUGUUUGUAGCAGCCUGCGUGGUCGAGGCCUAUGCCUAUCUCCAUAAGAAGGACAUCAUGUACCGAGACCUGAAGCCCGAGAACCUCAUGCUGGACUCCAGAGGAUACGUCAAACUAGUGGAUUUUGGAUUUGCUAAGAAGCUCCAGCGAGGACAGAAGACGUACUCUUUUUGUGGAACUCCAGAGUACAUGGCUCCAGAGAUCAUUCAAAAUCAAGGCCAUGACUUUGCAGCUGAUUUCUGGUCUCUGGGGAUCCUGAUCUACGAGCUGCUGGCAGGCAGCCCGCCAUUCUCGAGCUCAGAGCCGCAGAACAUCUACGCCAGAAUCCUGGAUGGUGUGAUGAAGUUUCCUCCACACAUGGGAGAAGCGGCUCGCUCUCUAAUCAGCAAACUGUGCAGGCCACGCCCAGGCCAAAGGUUAGGAAGCACCAAAAAUGGAAUGAGAGAUGUUCGUACUCACAGGUGGUUUAACAACAUGAACUGGCACAAGCUGAGGAUGAAGCAGAUCGACGCUCCGACACUGAAACUCAUCCGGAAGGGUCCCUGCUACAUCAACUUCGACCGCUUCCCGUUCGAUAAGAUCCAGGACGAGGAGGAAUUCUCCGGGUGGGACCGAGAUUUCUGAGCAAGAUCUCGUUCUCCGAAUCAUCUUGAACCUCGUUUUUCGGCGCCUCGUGUUCCAUCCCGUGCAAGAAAAAAAAUCAAAAGCACAAAAUGAUUCAGUAUUACAUUUUUUUUUAAGGGCGGGGGAAUGCAUCUGGGCCAUCUGUGGAGCUGAUCAUCUAUGUGGAGAACUUCAGCAAAGAUACAGAACAUUCCCUGGGUGUAGAGACUGAUUUUAUAUUCCACUUUAUAAACUAAUGUUUUUUGUUUUGUCUGUUUUUUUUAUUUGUCUAAAUUUUUGCUGUAUACAAAUUGUGAUUGGUCUACAAAUUCCAGCAUGAUCGCUCAGCAGCUCGAUGGUUUUUAUAUUUUGGUUUUUGAGAUGACAAUCUAGGGCUAGAUGAGCAUUAUAUGAGGUUCCUACCUAACGUGAAGGUAAGGAACGGCCGGAUGUGAAGCAGAAAGCGUGGAAAUUAUGUAAAGCCUCAUAGGUUGCCAUGGAUUAUCACCUUCCAUUGACGAUUUCAAGCUGCCGUUGAUGUCCGCAGAGGAAAACUGACUGAAUGGAUCCUGAUUUUCCUUGAGGUUUUUAUAUACGGCUUGCUAGAGCUGCAAUUCUGGUAGUAAAUAAUGAAAUAAAGAGAGAUUCCAUUAGUGAA